AUGUCUUACGCUAAAAUCCUUAGCGUUCUUGCCGGUGUACCCUUUGUGGAUGAACUCUUUCAAGAUUUAAACUGUACUGUAACUUGGAAGAAGGAAGAAGGCUCCUUUAUUCAUAAUGCACCUACCCCCGUUGCUGUCGUAUCUGGUCCCGCUGACGAGCUAAUCCAUGGGGAGCGUUUGGCCUCUAUUAUUUUAUUGAAGAAGAUCUUAGGCGAAACCUCUUGGAAAGGUGAUCUUCUUGGCCCCCGAAAGUUAACUCCUGGGUUCAGUCUUGUUGAAGAAUAUGCUCUUAUGGUUGUUGGCGUGGCUAGCUGCAAAACCGUUUCGAGUGUUAUUCUAAGGCAGCCUCACGUCCUUGCCUCGGGUUCUGCUAUCGAAUCUGUGCGUGACAAGGUGGAUUCUUCUGUCAGAGUUCAGGUCCAAUGUAAUGACAUUGCUGAAGCUAAGUCUGCUUCCCAAGCUGGAGCUGAUAUUAUACUUUAUGAAAAUAUCCUUCCAAAGUUGAAAGCUUCAUUUUCCAAAGUUCUUGUCGAAAUAAACGGCCCAUUUGAUGAAUCGAAUAUUCGCCCUUUUGCCAUUUCUAGUGUAAACUAUAUUUCAAGUGAGAAGCUCAGCAAUGGCUAUGCGCCCAUUGAGUUUCAGGUAAAAUAUGAAAAACGUCCCAUGGAAGAAGGCGAUAAGCACAGUGAGUUGCUUUUAUCCUUAUCAAGUUUCGUUUAA